CGCGGCGCAGCGGCGGGGCGCGCGCGGCAACAUGGCGACGGUGCCCGUGUACUGCGUCUGCCGGCUGCCCUACGACGUUACCCGCUUCAUGAUCGAGUGCGACGCCUGCAAGGACUGGUUCCACGGCAGCUGUGUUGGGGUGGAAGAGGAGGAGGCACCAGACAUCGACAUUUAUCACUGCCCGAACUGCGAGAAAACCCACGGGAAGUCCACCUUGAAGAAGAAGCGGACCUGGCACAAGCACGGCCCGGGGCCGACGGCCGACGUGAAGCCCGUGCAGAACGGCAGCCAGCUCUUCAUCAAGGAGCUGCGGAGCCGGACCUUCCCCAGUGCGGAAGACGUGGUGGCCCGCGUGCCGGGCGGCCAGCUCACGCUGGGCUACCUGGAAGAGCACGGCUUCACUGAGCCCAUCCUGGUCCCCAAGAAAGACGGGCUGGGCCUGGCCGUCCCAGCCCCCACCUUCUACGUCAGCGACGUCGAGAACUACGUGGGGCCGGAGCGGAGCGUGGACGUGACGGACGUCACCAAGCAGAAGGAUUGCAAGAUGAAGCUGAAGGAGUUCGUGGACUACUACUACAGCACCAGCCGCAAGCGCGUGCUCAAUGUCACCAACCUUGAGUUCUCCGACACCAGAAUGUCCAGCUUUGUGGAGCCACCUGACAUCGUGAAGAAGCUGUCCUGGGUGGAAAACUAUUGGCCUGACGACGCGCUGCUGGCCAAGCCCAAAGUGACCAAGUACUGUCUGAUCUGCGUGAAAGACGGCUACACCGACUUCCACAUUGACUCGGGCGGCGCUUCCGCCUGGCACCACGUGCUCAAAGGGGAGAAGAUCUUCUAUCUCAUCCGGCCAGCUUCUGCCAACAUCUCCCUGUAUGAGCGCUGGCGGUCAGCGUCGAACCACAGCGAGAUGUUCUUUGCCGACCAGGUGGACAAGUGCUACAGGUGCACCGUCAAGCAGGGCCAGACCCUCUUCAUCCCCUCGGGCUGGAUUUAUGCCACGCUCACCCCGGUGGACUGCCUGGCCUUCGCGGGUCAUUUUCUCCACAGCCUGAGCGUGGAGAUGCAGAUGAGAGCAUAUGAAGUGGAAAGGAGGUUGAAACUGGGCAGCCUGACUCAGUUUCCCAACUUUGAGACUGCCUGCUGGUACAUGGGGAAGCAUCUGCUGGAGGCGUUCAAAGGCUCUCACAAAUCCGGGAAACAGCUGCCCCCUCAUUUAGUCCAAGGAGCUAAAAUUCUCAAUGGUGCUUUCAGGUCAUGGACAAAGAAGCAGGCCUUGGCAGAACACGAGGACGAGCUUCCCGAGCACUUCCGACCCUCACAGCUCAUCAAAGACCUGGCCAGAGAGAUCCGGCUCAGCGAGAAUGCCUCCAAGGCAGUCCGGCCGGAAGUGAAUGCUGUGGCUUCCUCAGAUGAGAUCUGUGAGGGGGACCGGGAGAAGGAGGAACCCCCAUCUCCCAUUGAAGCCACCCCACCUCGAUCCCUCCUAGAAAAAGUGUCCAAAAAAAAGACUCCCAAAACUGUGAAGAUGCCCAAGCCGUCCAAAAUGCCCAAACCCCCCAAGCCCCCGAAGCCGCCCAAGCCUCCCAAGUCUCUGAAGCUCAAGGAUGGAGGCAAGAAGAAAGGGAAGAGGAGCCGGGAGUCCACCUCGCCCACCAUCCCUGACCUGGACCUGCUGGAGGCCCACACCAAGGAGGCGUUGACCAAGAUGGAGCCACCCAAGAAGGGCAAGGCCACAAAGAGCGUCCUGAGCGUGCCCAACAAAGACACGGUCCACACGCAGAACGACGUGGAGAGGCUGGAAGUCCGAGAGCAAACGAAGAGCAAGUCGGAGGCCAAAUGGAAGUACAAGAACAGCAAACCUGACUCCUUGCUGAAGAUGGAGGAGGAGCAGAAGCUGGAGAGGCCGCCUGUGACUGGAAACAAGGACAAGUUCUCCUUUUCUUUCUCCAACAAGAAACUCCUGGGCUCCAAGGCGGUGCGGCCCCCGACGAGCCCUGGGGUGUUCGGGGCCUUGCAGAACUUCAAGGAGGACCAGCCCAAGCCCGUGCGGGAUGAGUACGAGUACGUGUCAGACGACGGGGAGCUCAAGAUCGACGAGUUCCCCAUCAGGAGGAAGAAGAAUGCCCCGAAAAGGGACUUGUCCUUCUUGCUGGAUAAGAAGGAGGUGCUGCCCACGCCUGCCACGAAGCCAAAGCUGGACUCCACCGUGUACAAGCAGAGUGAUGACUCGUCAGACGAGGGCUCGCUGCACAUCGACACGGACACCAAGCCCAGCCGCAACGCCAAAGCCAAGAAGGAGAGCGGGGGCUCUGCGGCCGGCAUCCUGGACCUGCUGCAGGCCAGCGAGGAGGUCGGGGCGCUCGAGUACAACCCCAACAGCCAGCCCCCGGCCUCCCCCAGCACGCAGGAAGCCAUUCAGGGAAUGCUGUCCAUGGCCAACCUGCAGGCCUCCGACUCCUGCCUGCAGACCACGUGGGGCGCUGGCCAGGCCAAGGGCAGCUCGCUGGGGGCCCACGGCACCCGGAAGAACGGGGGUGGCGGUGGCAAGGGUGCAGGCAAGCGGCUGCUGAAGAGGCCCGCCAAGAACAGCGUGGAUCUGGACGACUACGAGGAGGAGCAGGACCACCUGGACGCCUGCUUCAAGGACUCGGACUAUGUUUACCCCUCCCUGGAGUCUGACGAAGACAACCCCGUCUUCAAGUCCCGGUCGAAGAAGAGGAAAGGCUCGGACGACGCCCCCUACAGCCCCACAGCGAGGGUCGGCCCGUCAGUGCCGAGACAGGACAGGCCCGUACGCGAGGGGACCAGAGUGGCCUCUAUUGAGACCGGGCUGGCGGCCGCCGCGGCCAAGCUGUCCCAGCAGGAGGAGCAGAAAAGCAAGAAGAAGAAGAGCGCCAAGAGGAAGCUGACUCCUAACGCUGCCUCCGCCUCCACCACGCUGGCCUCCACCACGCUGGCCUCGGCCACGCCAGCCUCCGCCACGCCAGCCUUGGCCACGCCGGCCUCCACCACGCCGGCCUCCGCCACGCCAGCCUCCGCCACGCCGGCCUCCACCACACCGGCCUCCACCACGCCGGCCUCUACCAGCACGGCUAGCAGCCAGGCCUCGCAGGAGGGCAGCUCGCCCGAGCCCCCGCCCGAGUCCCACAGCAGCAGCCUGACAGACCACGAGUACACGGCGGCUGGCGCCUUCGCCGGGGCCCAGGGUGGCCGCGCCUCCCAGCCCAUGGCACCUGGCGUCUUCCUCACCCAGAGGCGGCCCUCGGCUUCGCCCCCCAACAACAGCACCGCUGCCAAAGGAAAACGUACAAAAAAGGGCAUGGCCACCGCCAAACAGAGGCUUGGGAAGAUUUUGAAAAUUCAUCGGAAUGGGAAACUGCUCCUUUAAAGCUUGGAAAACCAGGAGCCUUCUGCUCCGCUCAGGACCCCUGGAGCCCCGCUGAACCAUCGCCCCCCAGGAGGGUGGCCAAGCUGCCUUGCCCGGGGGUGGGGGGGCCUUGCCUCCUCCCAGCCACCACUCCCCCAAACGAACGUGUGUCCCAGGGCAGGCGGGAGUGAGCUGAGCCCGGCCGUCCUGCGGUUUGAAUACGGACGUCCUUUCUCAAGUUGCUUAGAGUGACCAGUUCCUGAACAGCAGCCCUGCCAGGAGGAGGACCAUUCCAGGUUCAGGACAGCCUCUGGGCACCCCUGAGUGUGGGUGUGAUUUCAGGGGCCUCCGCAGCUCUGCUGGGAGCGUGAGUCCUUCCAGGAAGGCAGAGUGAGCCAAUGCUCACCAGCCCCAGAGUGUGAGCUGGCCACAGGCUGGUAGCCUCUAGGGGCUUAAAAAAAUAAGGCCAAGAACACAGAGAGGAGGAGGAGCAGGCGGGGCGUGGAUGUGCCUCCCUUCCCUUGCCUUCCCGAGUGAUUGUCAGACAAGUGCGGAGAGCGCUUGGCCAGCAAGGAGAGGUGUGCCCUGCAAUCCCCGGCUGGCCGCGGCAGGCCGUGUGGUGGGCCUCGUGCCCCGAAUGCCCAGGGGGCACUCCUCGGGGGCAGCUGGGACCGACAGCCAGGUCGGUGUGUUAGGGAGCCAGGGAGCCAUGUGGAAAGGGAAGGCGGGGGCUCGGCCACGUCUUUGGGUCCGGGGGACCCAGGCUAAGCCACGGGAAGGGCCCCCCGCCAGCCCUGCCAGCGACGCUCCAGAGAAGCACUUCGCAGUCGGAACGCGGCCCUUGUGUGCGUGGCGAGCGUGGGUCGUCCCUGGGCGGCGCGUCCGCCCGGCGACACAGAGUGGCUGGAUUUGUUUCUCAGGCAAUCCUGUAUUUUCAUUUUAGAUGUAUUUCCUGAAGCAUAUUUUUCAUAGAAUGUAGCGUGUAAAUAGCUUUUUAAAUAACUUCUUUUUUAUAAGAGUAAAAGUAUCUUUAGGGGUUACUUUCUAGAGAGUCCUCCAUUAACAUUUAUACGAGUUUUUUGCCGAGUCUGACGGACAGUGGGUUCCGACGCUUCUUCCCUCGCUCUUUCUUUCCUUCCGUUCCCGUCGCUGUCGUUUUUCUUUUAGGAACUAAGGUAUUGCCUGAAAAACAAGUGCCGUCUGUGCAGCCGCUGCCCCCGCAGGUGCGAGGCGGACGCGCGGGCCCGCCGCGCCCGCGUCAAGAUGACUUCGACUCUAUACCAGCUCUUCGUUUUCCUUGUAUGAUGAGGGGUGGGGAUACAGUUAUUUUACUAGCACCUUGUGAAGUGUUUCCGUGUUUUGUGAUGCUGUAAUUUAUUAAUGUUUGUAGCUUUUUAUAUUUGUACAUUUCUUAUGAGCUUUGUUUAUAUACCCAUCACCUGGAUGUUCUGUCCACGGGGAGAAGCAGCUUGGCGGAAGCCUCCCCCACUCCCACGUGUCCGGGGAGGCGCGGCGGGGUCCAGGGCCCGAGGCUGGGAGAGGGGGACCCACGGGCCCCAGGCCUGCUCGGAAUCCGCGUCCCCGUCCUCGAUGAGCAUUUAUAUAAUCGAACCCGGGCACCAAGCUGGCCUCUCUCUCUCUCUCUCUUUUUAAUUUUAUUAUUAUUAUUAUUUUGGCAACAUGUACAUUUCUAACAAAGUUUAUCGUGGCUAUUAAAGUGUUUUAUUUCCCGAUUCAUAUUACUCUUGUAUCGAGUCCAUGAGGUCUAAGGCAACUUAGACCAAAGUUUUAAAAAAGUAAAAAUAUUUCAGGUUUUGUACAGAA